AUGGCGUCGUCAUCAUCCACACUACCGCCCCCACCAGCUACCGCGAAGCACGCCGAUGCUGAGGGCUAUGAGAUGCCUUGGGUCGAAAAAUACCGCCCUGUCCUCCUCCAAGACAUUGUAGGUAACAGCGAUACCAUCGAUAGACUCAAAGUCAUCGCUGAGGAUGGCAAUGUUCCACAUAUCAUCAUUUCUGGAAUGCCGGGUAUUGGAAAGACGACUAGUAUACAUUGUCUGGCGCAUGCGCUGUUGGGUGAUGCGUAUAAGGAGGGAGUCUUGGAGCUUAAUGCCUCUGAUGAACGUGGUAUCGAUGUGGUUCGAAAUAAGAUCAAGACAUUCGCACAACGAAAAGUGACACUUCCUUCAGGAAGGCACAAGAUCAUCAUCCUUGACGAAGCCGACUCCAUGACAGCAGGUGCCCAACAAGCCCUUCGGCGUACAAUGGAGAUCUACUCCAACACCACUCGCUUCGCUCUCGCCUGUAACAUGUCGAACAAGAUCAUCGAACCUAUCCAAAGUCGAUGUGCCAUCUUGCGGUACGGUCGUUUGAAGGAUGCGGAGGUGUUGAAGAGGCUGAAGGAGAUUUGUGAAAUGGAGAAGGUCGAGUACAACGACCAAGGUCUCGCAGCCCUUAUAUUCACCGCCGAAGGUGACAUGCGUCAAGCAAUCAACAACCUCCAAUCUACCUUUUCUGGCUUUGACUUUGUCAACCAAGACAACGUCUUCAAAAUCUGUGAUCAGCCCCACCCCAUCACCAUUCGGCAAAUGAUCAAGGACUGUCAGGAUGGGAAGAUCGAUGAAGCCCUGGCGAGAGUGAACAAUCUUUGGGAGCAGGGGUAUUCAGCAGUGGACAUUGUUGUUACGAUAUUCAGGGUGGUCAAGGGUAUGGAGGAGCUGCCAGAGUAUCUGAAGUUGGAGUUCAUCAGGGAAAUCGGAUGGACACACAUGCGCAUUUUGGAAGGUGUUGGAACACUCGUGCAGCUGGGUGCCAUGAUCGCUCGUUUGUGUAGAUUCAGCCUUCCUCCCAAAGCUCUGAAGAUAUAG